GGUCUCACGACCAGAUACAAUAACCUCAAUCUUUAUCAUCCUGGUGGUAUCCUUCAGGAUUUGAAGGAAAGAGGAUAGUAUACCGAGUAUACGCAGAGCCAGGAGUGAGGAACAAGAUGGCUGUGAUUGAAGAAGGGAGUGACUUGGAUGUCCUCUUCCAAUCAUUCAUCAUGAUCGUCGUCUCUGAAAUCGGAGACAAAACAUUCCUCAUUGCUGCUAUAAUGGCCACUAGACAUCCUAGGAUCACAGUUUUCGGAGGAGCAUUCGCGAGUUUAGUAGUGAUGAGUAUACUGAGUGCUGCUUUGGGAAGGGUGAUAUUGGGUUUUAUACCAAAGGUAUGGACCCUCUGGGCAGCUGCCAUCCUUUUCCUGGUCUUCGGAAUAAAAAUGCUUCAAGAAGGUCUUACCAUGUCAUCCGGAAGUUCACACAUUCAAGAUGAAAUGCGUGAAGUAGAAGAAGAAUUAGAAGAAGAUGCAUCCCGACACGACUUUCAUAACUCUACCUCUUCUUCCAUACCUCUCGAAGCUCUCGAAGAAGGUAAAUUCACUUCCGACAUGCCAAGUUCACCUUCAUCAAGAUAUAACCCCGUCGCUCAUUCUCGUUCAGCUAGUCCUAAACCUAGAGGUCCAAGUAUAUUAUUUCCUACUCCUAAUGGUGUUGGUCCUGUCAAAGAGAAAGGUAGACAUUGGGUUUCAAGAGUUAGUGAAGGAGCUAGGAAUGCCAUACAGGUUUUAACGAAUCCUGUAUUUGCUCAAGCGUUCAUUUUGACCUUCUUGGGAGAAUGGGGGGAUAGAAGUCAGAUUACUACUAUUGCUAUGGGAGGAGCUCAUAGUGUGCCGGUUAUAGCAUUUGGGACGAUUGUGGGUCAUGGUGUAUGUACGUUGGGAGCUGUCAUGGGAGGUCGGUAUCUAUCAACCAAAAUAUCGGUUAAGCAUAUCACCUUGAUUGGAGCAGCUGCAUUCCUCAUCUUCGCAUUAUUAUACAUCCGAGAAGCUUGGGUCACGCCUUAUAGCGACGUACCGGAGGUACCAGCAGGAUGGAGAUGAUCCCUCCGCUACUACUUGCCCUUCAAUAUUCUAUCGUACAAUUGUCCCUCUGCAUUAUAUCUGCAUAGUGUC